GAACCUUUGAGGAUUGAAACUGAACCUUUGAGGAUUGAAACUGAACCUUUGAGGAUUGAAACUGAACCUUUGAGGAUUGAAACUGAACCUUUGAGGAUUGAAACUGAACCUUUGAGGAUUGAAACUGAACCUUUGAGGAUUGAAACUGAACCUUUGAGGAUUGAAACUGAACCUUUGAGGAUUGAAACUGAACCUUUGAGGAUUGAAACUGAACCUUUGAGGAUUGAAACUGAACCU